AUGAACGAGAAGGCGGCGUUGCGGAAGAUCUUGGCCAGAGACGACAGGUCAGGCGACGGUUUUGUGCCCGUGGACACGGUGCGCCGGCUGUUCCUAGACGUCUUGCAGGAUCAGUCUUCUGCGGGCACUGCCGAGAGUCUGACCGCAACGGCGAUCAAAGAAUUUAGCACGCCGCGCGGGCAGAGAGUACGGUACCUGGAGCUCGUGGACUGGCUGUUCAGCGGGGCCGAGGUGAAGGAUGCGAGCCAGCCGGCUGGGCUGGCAGAUGUGCUGGAGCGGGCGCGCACGCUGGCAGACGAGCGGGUGCGGGAGCGCCAGCGGAACGCACCCCCAGCCAGCCCCGCUGGCGGGUCCGCGCACCACGAGCGCUGGAGCAUACUGAGGUGGCUCUCGCAGAAAGCCUGCGCGCCGCUAGCCGAGGCGCUGGUGGCCCCGCUGCCCACUGGCUCGCAGGACAUGGAGUUCGCGCUCGCCCAUGCGCUCGGACAUCUGGAGCGCGAGCGGGCCGGCGCGGGCAAGGAGGUCGUCAUGGGCCUGUUGCGCGACGGCAACGUGCUCGAGAAGCUCGGCGACGUGAUCGUCGGGAUGGCGACGGAGCUUACUCAGCAGGAGGCCGCCACAGGCGGCGAGAUGAACAACAAGUUCGCAAGCGAUCCGGACUCGUACUCUAUGUCGUACGGCACCCAGUGCGAGUUCUUCGCAGGGCUGGAGGACCUCAUUGGCUCGCCCGACCCCAAGGUGGAGAGGGCGAUGAUGCGCGAGCACUGCAACGCAGAAGAUUCCAAUAUCGAGUGGACGACCGAGAACUAUAAGGUGACGACCACACCAGAAAUAGAAUGGCACUUCGUGAGAGGGAAUGGCGAGGAUCCCAAAAUAGCGCGGCGGGCGCGUUCUAUGCUUGCUUCAAGUGCCCUAGGAAGCGGUAAGGAAGCCCCACCCAGCCCACGCCUUGGGCAAGAAGACGCGCGCUCCGGUUGGAAGUGGCCCGAGGAGACGGUCAAUACGCAGCACCGCCGCCAGUGGAAGGAUAUCAGCGACUUCAAGGACGUGUUCGAUGGGAUCAACGCGAAGCUGAAAGAGAAGGGGGAGCAGCCGCUGGAGCUGGUUGAGUGGAUCGGAGGCCGCCUCUACACCGGCCCUAUGUUCGAGAAAUACAACGCCGUGAACCGAGGGGGCGCUGUCAAGACGGGGAGGCAGAGCGAGCACAUGGUCAAGAAGUUCAACGACCUCUGCCGUGGGAACCGCUACUGUACCACGAUCCACGCGAUCAACUCGGCGCUCAUCAAGUUGAGCAAGCUCGAAAAGGCCGAUAAGCUGUACCGGGGCACCCAGCGCGGUGUCCUGCCCGACUGCUUCUGGCAUGAGGACGAGUCGGGCGUCAGGGGGGGCAUCGAGUACGGCUUCCUGAGCUGCUCUCGGGACCUCGAGGUUGCCAAGCAGUACGUGCAGCACGGGAGCGCCCUGGCCGCCACCAUCUUCGAGAUCCAGACCGGCAUGAUCGACCGCGGUGCCGACCUCUCGCCCCUGUCGCAGUACCCGCACGAGAGGGAGAUAUGUUUCCCCCCGCUCACCGGCAUGGAGGUGCUCGGCUCGCGGAUCGAGGGCAGCAUCCUCUACAUCUCGGAGGGGGGAUUCGCCUCAACGUCAACUUCUCCGCCCUGA